AUGGAGUCAACUAAAAGAUUAACAUUGAGUGUUACUAUAACCAGAAAAACACCUGAGCUUCUUUGUCCAGCAGAGUCCACACCACAUGAAUUCAAAUCUCUCUCUGAUAUAGAUGACCAAAUCUUCCUCCGAAGAUAUGUUAAAACAAUAAAUUUCUACAAAAAUAAUCCAUACAUGAAAGGGAAAGAUCCAGUGAAGAUUAUUCGUGAAGCUAUUGCCAAAGCCUUGGUUUUUUACUACCCGUUGGCCGGGCGGUUGAGGGAAGACACUGGUCGGAAGCUCGUGGUGGAAUGCACCGGCCAGGGGAUAGUAUUCGUGGAGGCCGAAGCAGAUGCGACGCUGCAGCAUUUCGGAGUGGAUGCGCUUUAUCCACCCUUCCCCAACUCGGAUGACCUUGUUCUUGAUGUGCCAAACAACCUUGGAAUAAUAGUUGAUAUUCCACUUAUGUUCAUUCAGGUUACAAGACUAAAAUGUGGAGGAUUUAUCUUUUCAAACAACUUCAGCCACACAAUGUGCGAUGGCGUCGGCCUUUCCAAAUUUCUCUUCGCCGUCGGUGAACUUGCUCGUGGAGCAACGUUCCCAUCUAUUCGACCAGUGUGGGACCGACAUCUUCUCACUUCCGGCAUCCCACAUCAUGAACAUUUAUAUGAUGCCGGAACUGGUGAAAACCAAGUGCCGAUGGAUCAUAAUCAGAUGGUGGAACGCUCCUUCUUUUUCACCUCCGCCGAAAUCUCCGCCCUCCGCCGCAGCCUGCAGCCGCACCUACAGCGCUGCUCCAAAUUUGAAAUCGUGGCUGGCUGCGUGUGGCGCUGCCAGACAAUCGCUUUCUCCCUCAAACCCGACGAAGAGAUGAAAUUCAUAGUCAUCAUGGAUAACCGGAAGAAUAUAAAGCCGCCGCUUCAGGUGGGAUACUACGGCAACGUUUUAAAAUUAUUGGUGGCAGUGACGACUGCUGGUGAGCUGUCAAAGAAUCCGCUGCACUACGCGGUGGAGUUGGUGAGGAACAUGAAACACGAAGCAGAGACUGCUGGUGAGCUGUCAAACUCAGCGGAUCUGAUGGUGAUACGAGAUCCGCUGAGUUUGAUAGCUGGGAACACUUAUGCUGUGUCGAAUUUAACGCACGUGGGUUUUGAGCGAAUGGAUGUUGGGUGGGGCACGGCGGCCUACGGUGGGGUGCCCAAAGGAAGUUAUUGGCCGACUGGUAUUAGUCAAGCAUCUUGGUACUUAGGGUUUAUGGAUGGUAUCGUGGUUCCGGUUUGCCUACCUCUCAAAUCCAUGAAAGUCUUCGAGAAACAUCUCCAGCUUAUGAUUACUACCGCUCCAAUAUCUUCCUCGCUCUAAGCUUAUUUUUGAGUUUUCUUUGUCGGUUCUUUCCUGGAUCGCAAAAUAAAUAAGUCUAAAUAUGUUCUCUUUGUUUAUGGAUAAAUAAACAGAUGUUUUAAA